GAUCUCCUCUUUAAUGAACUAAGAGACUCAAAGCGGGACAGCAGCCGGAUAUUUCCAUCCAACAACGACACACGACAGAACUCCCCAAUCAGAGAAUGACAGCUUCCACAAAUGAGGAAGACAGUGUCGUGAGCAACGACUACGCCACCGCCAUCGGCACCCUCAUCCUCACCCUGGUUUUCCUCCUUGGCGUCCCUGGUAACCUCUUCAUCGUCUGGAGCAUCCUGGCACGCACCCGUAAACGCUCCGUCACCACCAUCCUCAUCCUCAACCUGGCCUGUGCGGACGGCUUCAUCAUGGCCCUCACCAUCUUCUUCAUAAUAUACCUGGCCAAGCAGACGUGGAUCUUUGGACUCGUUAUGUGCAAAGGCGUCUUCUACUUGUGCAACGCCAACAUGUACGCCUCCAUCUUCCUGAUCACACUGAUGAGCGCACACAGGAUGGUGGCGGUGCUGUUUCCGCAGAAACUACACCUGAUAAGCAGACAGGUUGUGACGAGGGUGAUCAUGGGCAUGUGGGUGUUGGUCAUGACGAUUUCCAUCCCCUCGCUGGUGUUUCGAGAACUGGAAAUUGAGCCAGAUCUUAGCCAGAAUGAUUCACGGAUUGUGUGUUCCCCCAAUCACACCUGGCCCACUCAUGUCCGGUUCCAGUAUUCUUUAGAGACGGUUUCAGGAUUCAUCCUCCCGUAUGCAGCCAUCAUAACCUGCUACGUCCUCACCCUGAGACGCCUGAGGCAGACCCAGUUCCAGCGAAGGAUUCGUAGCGAAAAACUCAUCCUCGCUAUUGUCAUAACAUUUGGCAUGUUUUGGUUUCCAUACCAUGUAAUCAACAUGGUACAGGUUGCAGCUGAGUGGUAUAGCAAGGAGACAAGAACUAGAAAAAUAUUGGAGUUGAUUCAUGAGAACUGCCGAGCUGUGACCUCGGCUUUGGCUUUUCUCAGCAGCUGUGCCAAUCCUAUCCUUUACACCUUUGCUGGAAAGUCCUACAUCAAGAAAAAUGGCUUAGCCUUCAUGGCUAAGCUCUUCGAUGGCACGGCGUCAUCGGACCAAACUGCAAAUAAACAGAAUCGCAUAGAAAGUGGAGGAGAAAUGAACAAUAUCUUAUUAAAUACCAACACUACAUAAUGUACCAAUGGGCUAGAUUGGCCCAUUGGCCAAUCUGAAAAUUAUAACAUAAUGGGCUAGAUUGGCCCAUUAUGUACCACAGCUUGUGGUACAUAAUGUACCGCAAGCUCAUAAUGUAUCAUGUAUAAUGGUACGUUAUGUCCCAUUGGUACAUUAUGUCCAUUAAAUGGACCAUGAAUUGUAAAAUGUGCAAAGCUACUUGUGGGAAAAACCAAGUUUCACAACAGAACUUUUACUUUUUCAAACCAUCAUAAAUGACUACAGGAUAAACUCUAAUUUCAAUGAUAAAGUCAAUACAUCCUAUAAAAAAGUUUUACAAUGCUUGUGGGGAUUACCAAAAUAGUGUGAGGAAAAAUGACAAAAUAAUGCUAUUUAGUGAUAAUUCAUGUAUUAGUAGUUUAAAAUGAAAGGUUAAAACUUCAGGAUGUUUUCAGUCCUCAUUGUUUUUGCACAUUUCACAUUUUCAGGGAAUUAGCUGCAGAGCUAAGCAGCACAUAAACCAAAAACCGCUUCACUCUUUAACAAUAUUUGUUCAUUUAUGUAAAGCCACAAAUUGUCAGCUGGAAGCACUUUAUAUAAAAAACAGGGGCAGUUCUAAUUAAUCUACUGUAGUCACAUUAAUUACGACUAUAGUCAGAAUAUUCUGUCAAAAGAGUCUGGUUUAACCAAAUUAAUGUACAUCCCUAAAACAAUCUAAGAAAAGUUAGUGGAAAUUUGGGUAACACUUUAUUUGACGGGUUGUGAAUAAGACUGUCAUGACAUCAUGUUAAAAAUAAACAUGAGUAAGUCUUUAUGAAUAUUUAUGACUGUUGUCAUAACUUUAGCUUUAAUAACAUAACGCUACAUAAUUUUAAAAGUCAUAACAAAGACAUUUUGAAUAAUGUCAACUUUGUAUUAAAAGCGUCAUGAUUUACUGAAUGACACUUUGACACCAGUGAAAUAUUCACAGACUUGCUUGUGUUCAUGACAGGUGUUAUUACAUGUAUAUGACUGUGUUAUUACAUGUUUAUGAUGGUGUUAUUCCCAACACAGCAAAGUGUUACCAAAAAUUGUAUCUAGAUUUAAAAAAACAAGGUUUGCAUUGCAUUAGCUGCAACAAUUCUUAAACAUGAAAACACUGAGAACACUAAGCUGUUCGUAACAAUAUUAUUCAACAGAAGUUGGAAUAAAUUAAUAUUAUUCGCCUUCAAGGCUCAAGGACAAAAACUGAAUGUUAUAGUUUCUCAAGAGAAGAGCUUGACAAGAUAUGGCUAUUAUUCUACUUUAAAAAAAAGUUUACACUGACAGACUAAAACAAUAAAAAAAAAAAUAACAGUUUGACCAUUAUGUAAAAAAAUAAAACUUACAAGAAAAAUGCCUCUUCCUACUUCACAUAUUUAAGGGUGUAAGAAACAACUAAACCAACAAAAGAUGAGCUGCCAUGGAGUAUUUGGGUCUAAGUUGGAAUCUUACCUUAGAAGAUGAGGAAAAAAAAUUUUUACCCUGUGAGGCAACAGAGCUAAGAAUUAGUCUGUACUUCUAAUCUGUCCCAGCUCUUGCUUUUUGUUGUAAACAUAAAAAAACUACUGCAAGGUUUCCCUUUUCUGCUUGCUAAACAUCCAUUGUAUUAAGUUUGUGUGCUACUCUUUGUGAGAAUUGUUUUAUGCUAAAGUAUAAUCCAUCAACCAGUUUGGAAAAAACAUGGCAGGUGAAUUGCUUUGUUCUUGAAUUUGCAUAUCAAACUGCACUGUACAAUUUUUAUGUGUUUCUCUCCUACUAUAAAGUUUAGUUUUUUGUUUCCUGGUUUGUAAAGUAUAUGAAUGAAACAGGGUUUUAAGUCAGGAAAAACCAUUUCUGUACAAAACUUCCUGCAAAUGGAGUGAAAAGAUACCGAGGACUUUUACAAGAGAACAUGAUCAAGUGAGACUUACUCUUUAACAUCUGAAACUGUAAUCCAGUAGAUGAUCACUUUUCUGGGAGGAAUAUGACAUUCCUCCACCAAGAGUAUUAUGGUCAUGCUACGAAAAUAAAAUAAAGUCAUAAUAGUUUGAGAAUGAAGUUGAAAUAAGAAAAAAAAAUACAUUUUUAUUCUAACUAUUUUGAUAAUGAUCUUAUUCUUGUACAUGUUUAUUUUUGUAAUAUAACUAUUUCUGUAAUUUUAUUUUUGUAUGUCUCCAAUUUUCCAUUGUUUCUAACAAAGCAAAACCUUUGACCAAACUAUAGGAACCGAGUUGCUAUAAACGUUUUCAGGUUCUUUACUGCGUGACUCAAUAGUGAUUCCAGCUACCCUUAAGAAAAUAAAAAACUGAAAACCUUGGAAAACAAAA